CUUAAACAUUACUCGAAUUCAAUACCUAUAUAAAAAUAGCUUAAAUUCACACUUCAGUGACAAAAAUAAUGGGAUUCCUCUGGCACAAAGUGUAGCUGUCAAUGGUUUUUGUGUUUCUUUUUUAGAAUGACGUUAUCACUGUCGGUUAUAUUUUGAGUCUUGCACAUUCUGUCAAGCUUUCAAAAUGGACAUCGAUCGCAGUGAGUCAUGUGACAUUUCAGAAAGUAUUGAGGUGCAUGAGGACAUCCCGCCUGACCCUUCUCUGGCCACCGACUUAACAGUGAACGCAGAGACUGAAAUUGACUCUGAGCCAGUGCCACAUGGAAUAAACCAUGUAGAGGGGGGAUGGCCGAAAAUGAUCAAUGCGGAUGACAUUGAGGCAACUGCCCGCUACAGGAAGAAAGUGCAGAAGGAUGUCUGUUAUCAGCACACGGUUAUGGAAAUUGCUAGCGUUUCAGAACACAGUGUCAAGCAGAGCAAACGUGACAUCUACUUUAAAAAUUAUAAACCUAAGAGGAUGGUGAAGGGCAAGCCAUCAGCAAGAACGAUCACUGUGUUCAGAGACCCAAAUAAAGAAAAGCGUGCAGUCACCAGUUUGUCCUGGAACCCAAUCGAAAAUCAUAAACUAGCUGUUGCCUACUGUUGCCUGGAGCAGAGAGCACCUAAAAAUAUGAGCUUUGACUCAUAUAUAUGGAACACUGAAAACAACAUGAAACCAGAGAUGACUCUGAAACCUGCGUCUCCACUUGUUUGUCUGGAGUACAACCCCACAGAUUUUCACAUCCUUGUUGGGGGAAGCUACAAUGGAGAUAUUAGCUAUUGGGACACACGGAGCGGCAGCCAGCCAGUACAGAAAUCAGCCGCUGUGCAUAGCCAUAGAGAUCCUGUCUACAAGGUCAUCUGGUGGCCGUCAAGGAUAUGCACUGAAGUUUUCUCAGCUUCUACAGAUGGUCAGGUACAGCUCUGGGACAUUCGAAAGAUGACUGAGCCCACCAAGCAGCUUGUGCUGGACCCCACUAAGAAGGGAAACCGUGACAGUGCCCUUGGUGCAGUCUCAAUGGAGUUUGAGAACACUAUGGCCAAGUUUAUGGUGGGCACAGAGCAGGGGGUUGUGGUCUCGUGCAGUCGCAAGUUAGAAACCCCAAACGACCCGAUUGUAUGCACAUACCGCGGACACAGUGGCCCCAUUUACGCCUUGCAGAGGAACCCCUUCUUUCCGAAGAACUUCUUGACCGUGGCUGAUUGGACCGCCCGCAUCUGGUCAGAGGACAUCAGUGAGAGCUCCAUCAUGUCGACCAAAAAUCACAUGACUUAUCUGUUAGAUGCCUGUUGGAGUCCAGUCAGACCCUCUGUCUUCUUUACGGUGAAGAUGGACGGGACCUUGGAUGUGUGGGACAUACUGUUUAAACGGAAGGACCCUACUCUCAGUCUUAAAGUUUGUGACGAAGCUCUGUACAGCAUCCGUGUACAAAAUGAAGGCUGUUUGGUGUGCUGUGGAUCUCAGCUGGGAACCGUCAAACUGCUGAAGAUGCCACCAAGCCUGUUCACACUGAAGAACAAUGAGAAGGCCUUGGUCUCAGAGAUAUUUGAAUUGGAGACCAGGAAAGCGAAGAAUCUGGAAUCUCUGUACAGAGAGAGGCAUCAAAUGAAACUUAGCUGCUCCAAAGAGGAUGAGGGGGAAAAAGAAGACAUAGAGGAACUGCUGGCCUGUACAGAGAUGGAGUUUUCUGAGAGUGUGGAAGCGGAGAAAAAAAAAAAAUAGGAUGAGGAGAAAGAGAGAAGGAAAACAGUGUGUGGAGACAUCCAAGUAGAACACUGCUUCCAAACAUGCCAAAGAGGAAGUUUUUCCAAGUGCAAAUAGACUUUAAAUCAGUUUUGUCUAAAAUAAAUUGAAACAAGCAUCCAAGAUGGUUACUCUUCCUGCUCCACACCAGUUUGUUGAACAUUUAUUUUUUGAAGGUCAUAACAGCACAGACCAUUGUACACAGACUGUAUGAACUCUGGUAUAAUUUUAAGACAAGCCUAAAAAUUACAUUUUAAAUGUGAAAUUCUCCUUUAACCUCUCAGUAUUUAAUUUUACUAAAAACUCAUCACACUUGAUAACAGAGAAAUGAGUACAUGUUACAUGUGCAAGUUAUUGCAAUUUUAAGACCAUGAUGUGAAAUUUAGCCUCCAUAAAUUAAUGCAUAAAUGAACCACAUUAAAUAACUUUGAAAAUA